AUCGCAGCAGUCGACUAAGCCUCGACACGGUUAGACUCAGUGGAAAUGGAGGAACGGAGAUUAAAGGACAAGGGACCAGCAGGGGAACUGAUGGAGGUCAAAGUCGACGUGCCAACUGGGGAUCCGAAUUCCACCCACAGCGACGCGAGGCCUCCGCGUCACGACAGGGAUCCCAAAGGAGUCAACAAGAGUCUUAAGGUCACUUUCGAGGAUGUGAUUGCAGAGCCUCCCUCUGUGCGGAGCUUUGAUAAAGUGUGGGUGUGGAGUCACGCCCUGUUCGAGGUGUCCAGACUGUGGUGCUACCGCCUCGUCUCCCUCCUCCUGGCCGUGCCCGUCUCUCUGGCAGCAGGGCUCCUCUUCGCCGUGCUCAGCUGCCUUCACAUCUGGUUGAUCAUGCCCUGUGUGCAGCUCCUUCUUAUCAACAUGCACUGGGUCCAGACUGUGUGGAGCAGCAUAUUGAACAUUCUCAUCACCCCCUUCUUUACCAGUAUUGGAAAGUGCUGUGGCGGAGUCGUCAUCCGUCUGGCAAAAGAGGACCCCAGAUAG